GCCAGAGGCUGAGCAUCGGCUCUGGAUUUCUAUGAUAGUCCACAGAUGUGACCAAAGCUAGACUGUGCCCAAAUAUGGAGGUCACCAGCAACUGAUGAACCGUCUCAGAGUCUCAGGAACAUCAAAGGAUCUGGCUCUCUACCACCAAAGCAGGAGGUCAACAGAUCUUGACUGCUGGCAAAGUCUCCACGGGAUAUCCAGAACGGAGCUGGCAGUCCCCUUUCCCAUCUGCCAGAGGUUGGCUGCCUGGGGAGCCAGAAAAUCCACACAGCUCUGCAGCCCAAGUAUGAAAUACUACUUCUGUAUCCUGCUCUUGUGUAUAGUCAGUGUGAUUUUGGUGGUCUUACGCUGGUGGUGGACAGAUGUGAAUCAGAUCAAGGGAGAGAUUUCAAAGGCUCAGUCUGACAUGAAACUUCUGUCACCAGAAAAAUACAAGUCCUUGUUUAUCUACAAUGGAAUUUGGUUAGCUCCAAAGAAUCAGUGCGAAUGUGCCAAAGUCGAUCAUGUGCAUGUCUACCAGAUGGAAGAUUAUAUCGAUAAGAAAGACCUUGCCUCAAUUAAAGAGAGGCGACAGAAGGAGUUUGAGCACUAUCAGAAAAGAUACCCUUCAAUGACUCAAGACAUAGUAAUAGCCAAACCAAACAUGCCAUUAAGCUAUCCUAUUCAAGGAGUAGAGGUGAUGCCGCUACACACGAUUAUGAUUCCAGGGCUUGGUUUGCAUGGAGUGACUGAAGAAAAGUACCAGGUGAUCCUGCGAGCAUCUCUGGGAACCCUCAAUACGCUUGCUGAUGUCUCUGAUGAUGAUGUGAGAGGACGGGGCAAGAAAGAGCUGAUCAUCUUGACCUCAGAUGUGGAGCUGCUGAAUUUCAUCCUUAGGCAUGUCACAUACACCAGUGUGGUCUACCAGCUCUCUGCAGUAGAUAUGAUGAGUUUUGAGAGCAGAGAUCAUGUCGCUCAGUUUCCUGUGAUCAUCCGACAGCCCAGCCUUCCAAAGUUAAUUGAUCCUGGAGCAGAUAGGAAGAUCAGCUCCCUGGUGACUAUCACGACGAAGACUUUCUUGCGCUAUCACAAACUUCGGCUCCUCAUCAAGAGCAUCCGACAGUACUACCCUGACAUAAAAAUCAUCGUCGCCGAUGACAGCGAAGUCCCGGAGAAGAUCAUCGAAGAGAACGUUGAGCAUUACAUCAUGCCUUUUGGAAAGGGUUGGUUUGCAGGAAGGAAUCUUGCAAUAUCUCAGGUCACAACCAAGUACUAUCUCUGGGUCGACGAUGACUACUUAUUCACCGAAAACACCAAAAUUGAGAAGCUAUUGGAUGUGCUGGAGAGAACAAACUUGGAUAUGGUUGGAGGCAGCGUGAAGGGGGACACCUACAGUUUUCAGCUGCUGUAUGAGCAGGGUGAUGACGGCGACUGUCUGCAUUUGAGAUACGGCUCCUUCCACAAGUUGGAUGGGUUCCCCAACUGUGUGGUCACCAGUGGCGUGGUCAACUUCUACCUGGCCCAUACAGACAAAAGCAGACACGUCGGCUAUGACCCUCUUCUGCAAAGAGUAGCUCACUCAGAAUUUUUCGUGGAUGGUCUGGGCAUCUUGCUUGUCGGUUCCUGCAGUGAUGUUUCUGUUGGUCACCAAGACCAUAAUCCUGCAUCUGAUCCCAACCUGGCUAAGGUAGAAGACCAAUAUAAAACAUUCCGGGACAACACUGAUGCACAGGUCCAAUUUAAGCUAGCUUUGCACUACUUCAAAAACCGACUGAAAUGCUACUCAACAAGAUAACCCUUUUACCCUGCUCUGUGCAAUUUCUACAGUAACCUCCCUGAUACUCAUGGCAGGCGUACGCUCUGGGCUUCAGCCUAAUUGCCUUAUUUGUGCCACACUGGAUGCCUUCCUUUUUGCACCUACCUUUCUAUAAAAACUUUUUAAUGGGCUGAAUUUGGGAUCUGGAAUCUCUUGGCCCAAACUUGAAAUGGACAACGCAGUCAUAUGUAUUAUCUGCAUUCUGGUCCUGCUACAGGCCUUGCGAUGGUGUCUUCUUCAUUGCAUAGUUUCUCUGAUCAUUGAGUGAGGCAGUUUUGGCUAAUACUGAGCAAGAUUCAUCAUUGCCCUGCACUGUGUCCUUUCCAGCCAGUGCAGAGUGAAGCAGGGCAGAGUGGAAUUCCUGCUGGUUUGAUCUGGUAGCACUCCAGAUCCUUGAAUGGUUUAUCAGGGAUGCACAGACUUCUGACUUUCUUCUUAGAGGCGUACAGUAAUUCCUCGCUUAGCGUUGUAAUUAUGUUCCUGAAAAAUGUGACUUUAAGUGAAACGAUGUUAAGCAAAUCCAAUUUUCCCAUAAAAAUUAAUGUAAAUGGGGGGGGUUAGGUUCCAGGGAAAUUUUUUGCACCAGACAGAAAAUUAA